AUGUUUCUGUCGACGUUUUGGCGUGCAGGAACUCCGGCGGCGACGUCGUUUCGUUACACAGGAAGACCGGCUACGACGGCGUUUUGGUGCACAGGAGCUUCGGCUACGACGGCGUUUUGGUGCACAGGAGCUUCGGCUGCGACGUCUUUUCGUUGCGCAAGAAGUCCGGCUGCGACGUCGUUUCGUUACGCAGGAAGUCCGGCUACGACGGCGUUUUGGUGCACAGGAGCUUCGGCUCCGUCGGCGUUUCGGUGCGCAGGAUCUCGAUCUACUGCUGCGACGGCGGCGUCUGGACAUAGAGCAUGUCACCGAGGAGCUACAACGCCUCCUGGACCGGCAUCCGCUUCGACUCCUCUUGCGGCGACCGACCGAUCGGCUCCGCGAUCUACUGCCGCACGAACUGCGCCGACGCCGACGCCGACGCCGACCGCAACUGUCGCCAGGCACGUCUGCGCUUGA